GUAAACACAUCAAUUCUCGGGUGAAAUUGUCGUCUUUAUUGUGCAAAAAGAAUUAGAAAAAAAAUCUUAAACCAUUAACAUAGUAUACAUAAAAGGUAGAGAACGAAGAAAAGAUAUUUUAAUAGUCAUAAAACAAAUUAAAACGAAGCAACAAAAACGAGUAGAAUUCUUAAACAUCGUGCAAAAUCAAACGAAAAAUACAUCCAGGAAAAGUGUAUAUAUCGAGCAGUAGCGGAAAAUUUAUAUAAAAAAUUACAGAAAAAGUUAGCGGCAAGCAAAAACUAACACAUACAAAGAAAAUCGAUAAAUCGAUUAGCUUAGCAGCUCUCUCCCGAAUUUCACACACGCUUCAAUUAAAACGCCAUCUUCAGCGUUGCCAACGACUUUUUAGCAGUCAACGUUGACAUAAGAGACGCAGCCGUCAUCGUCGAGACAGCGCAGCAUUAAAGUAAAAGAACAAAUUUACGCAAGAGCGAAGUUGUGAAAAAGCAUCAAAAUUAUUGCCGCAACGAGGAAAACACACGCCAACGCAAUGGACUUUAUGAUGGCGAAUGCCGGUGCUGCAGGCACAGUAGACGCUCAGGCCCAGCUAAUGGCUCAAACCGCCGCCAAUCCGGCCGCUGCCGCAGCCGCUCUAGCCGCUUCGAAUGCUUCACCUGCGCAGACUGCUGCCGCUGCUGCAGCCGCACAACUGCAACAGCAGCAGCAGGUGCAGCAGGCCAUUUUACAGGUGCAGCAACAGCAAACACAACAAGCCGUCGCCGCCGCCGCUGCUGCCGUCACCCAGCAAUUGCAACAGCAAACUACCAACGGAAAUACGAAUACCCAACAGAAUGGCAAUAAUAACGGCUCAUCCGAGACACGUACUAAUCUCAUUGUAAACUAUUUGCCACAAACAAUGACCGAAGAUGAGAUACGUUCACUAUUCUCCAGUGUAGGUGAAAUUGAGUCUGUAAAAUUGAUACGUGACAAAUCACAAGCUUUUAUGGAUCCACUAAAUCCGCAAGGACCAAAUAAGGGUCAAAGUUUGGGGUAUGGCUUUGUCAACUAUGUACGCGCACAAGAUGCCGAACAGGCUGUUAACGUAUUGAACGGGCUGCGUUUACAGAAUAAAACCAUCAAGGUGUCAUUCGCACGCCCCUCAUCGGACGCCAUUAAGGGUGCGAAUCUAUAUGUGUCGGGACUGCCGAAGAAUAUGACACAGCAAGAGUUGGAGGCAAUUUUCGCACCAUUCGGAGCUAUAAUCACAUCACGCAUACUACAAAAUGCCGGCAAUGAUUCACAGACCAAAGGUGUCGGUUUCAUACGUUUCGAUAAGCGCGAGGAAGCAACACGUGCCAUUAUUGCACUGAACGGAACCACACCACCGGAUUGUACCGAUCCGAUUGUGGUGAAAUUCUCAAAUACACCGGGUAGCACUAGCAAGAUAAUGCAACCACAAUUGCCAGCAUUCCUCAAUCCACAGUUGGUGCGGCGCAUCGGCGGCGCUAUGCAUACGCCGGUCAACAAAGGCUUGGCACGUUUCUCCCCCAUGGCCGGCGAUAUGCUCGAUGUUAUGCUGCCAAAUGGUUUGGGUGCGACAGCGGCCGCUGCUAGUGCAUUAGCUAGUGGUCCGGGCGGUGCUUAUCCCAUUUUUAUUUACAAUUUGGCACCCGAAACUGAAGAGGCAUCACUGUGGCAGCUAUUCGGUCCAUUCGGCGCAGUGCAAUCGGUUAAAAUUGUUAAGGAUCAAACCACAAAUCAAUGCAAAGGCUACGGCUUCGUGUCGAUGACCAAUUAUGAUGAAGCGGCAAUGGCAAUUCGUGCACUAAACGGUUAUACACUGGGCAAUCGGGUGCUACAAGUUAGCUUCAAGACCAACAAAUCAAAGUAAAUUAUCUUUCCAGCGAAAAAUCUACAGUAGUAACAGCUAACUGCAACAAUAGUGGUAGUACACAAUAACAUCAACUGUAACAAUAACACACGCAUACACAAUGAAAACAACAAUAACAGCAAUAAUAACAAUGUAGCGGAAAUACAGUAGUAACAGCAGCAACAUAUUGCGGACGGACAAAAACUGUAAAUCGGUGAAUGGGGAGCCGAGCUGCAACCCGACCGCAGGCAAGUUAGUGGAAAUGCGCGGGUUGGCUUUGUUUAAAAUUGGUAAAAGUGUGUGAUGUGCAAGGCGUGUUGUGGGGAGGAUGAGUUUGCUCUUCCUCCCCCCAACAUUCGCAACGCACGCCAACCUCGUAUAUUCCAUUUUUUAUUUAUAUUUUUUAUAUUAAGCAUAUGUUAAAGAAAGUCCAACUUGAAGCUAUACGAAGCUGGAAAUUAAAUUAAUUAAUUAACUUUUGAAAGUGAGGUUAAUUAAUUUAAUUUGUUACACUGUAAAUUCUAACACAAAAUUACAAGCGCGGAGUAGUAGAUAUGUGCAGAGAAAUAUUGACAACAAGAAAUUUGUGUUGUAGCAAAAUUUUGCGGUUACAAGGCACUUAUAAAAGGGAUGUAACUAUUCAGUAUAUCUGUAGCGUAGUGAAAAUAUGAAAACAAAAAAGAGCAAAGAGAAAUCAUUUGAAUAUAUUUUUCCUUAUCAGCUUCCACCCACAGUGGCUUUGCGAAAAGCAAAUGGACGCACAUAAAUGCUUAAAAUGGCGCGCCAAAUGCCGCUAGCAACCACCCGUAGUGCGCGCAAGCAAGCGGCAAGCUUCCCACGCGCCUCAAAUAAUUGGGGUGGUUACGGCAGGCACUUCAAAUCAGUCCUAGUGUAACGGCUGGCAGCACAGCACAUGUGUGUCUGUUUGUUAGUCACCUGAAUUUCACAAUGCCAAAGCAGUGAAGGAAAAAUAUAUUUCACAGUACAUUUGUAUGUACAUAUGUGUAUGUUUGCAUUUGAAAUACAUAUUUGCAAAUUUUGGCAAUUUCAAUCAAUGUUCUGCGAGUGUUGGCUUAAUUUAGAAAAAUUGGCCUGUUUGGUAAUCAAAUUGGCAAGCAAAAUCUGAAAAUUAUUACUCGAAAGUUUGGGCUAUUUUUAAAUUAACCAACAGCUGCAACUCGUGGCUGUAUACUUGCAUGUGUGCGUGAACACGAAUACACUUAUAUUUAUUAAAUCUCAGCAAAAAUAUAAACGAAUCAGCUAGCUGCGCCACACAUUCAAAAAUUAAAGACAAAAAAGUCAUUUUAUAUUUUCACUACUCUAGUCUGAAAUAAACUAGAAAAAAUGCAAAGAAAAAUUAUGAAAACGAAAGUUUUGCAAAAUUAAGGCUCAAAACAAUAUUUCUGCAUCCUCUAGAAUUUCUUAACUCGAUGUAAUAUUUGUUAAUAUCCCUAUAAACAAAAGCCAAAACGUAUGUGUGAAAAAAAAUGAAUGAGUACCCGUUUACAAAUUGAAAUCGAACAAAGAGAUCAACGCACGAUUUUCCAAAUUAAAAACCGUUUCGAACAUUUCGAAAACUAUAGUUGUAUGAAAACUACUGCUGCACAAGUAUAUCACAAAACCGUUUAGCUCAAUGAGCGCCAAUUAGGCAGUAACUAAAAAGAAUUAGUGAACAGUUCUUUUAAAAAUACACUAAUAAUUAAGAAAUAAAGGCAAACAAAAAUCUUCCAAAACAACCUUGGCCUGCCGGCAGCAAUAAAAGUAUUUCAAAUUUCAUUUGCAAUUUUAAAAGUUGAAAAAGUUGACAAUUUUUAUACGUUUUCUAACUCAAAAUAUGCGUUAUAAGCAAAUGAUAAAUUUAAAUGCAAUCAAAUGUGCAGCAAGCGCUCGAAAGAAAGGCUUGAAGAAAGACGAGUGCGUACGCAGGUUUUAAAGUAAAGCAUAACUAUAAUACAACAAUUAAUUGAAUGUUUAAACACAACUCUAUUUGGGUAUAAAAGCGCAUAAUAAAAAUGAUUUUCAUUUAUAAGGUUAGCGAAACGAAAAAAAAAUUCUUAAAACAAUUGAUAAAGUUAAUGAGUUUUGUGGCAUUCAAGAGUGAAAAACCAGAAAAGUAGGAGCGAUGACAUGUAAUUUAAAUUAAAUAAAAAAUAAACUAAAAUUUUAAAAAUUAUUUAACGAACUAGCAAAACAAAACAAAAAUAGUAAAUAAAAUAAUAUAUGAGUAAUAACCUUAGAGACUAUAGUAAAAGCAACGUCAAGGAGGCUGCUACAGUAUUAAAUAGCAAAAGUUUAAAUUUAAAUAAUUAAAAAAAUAUAACUAAGAAAAUAAACAAAAGUUGGGUGUAAGUUCAUAAAAAUAUACAUAUGUAUGUAACUAGAAAAUAAAGGGGCAAAGCCUGCGUGCGCAAAUGCAAAUUUAUAGAAAAAGUAGGUCUUUUGAAUUUUAAAUGAGCUAAACAACUAUAACGAGACAGUAUCGAAUGAGCAACAAUAAUUAUUAAAUAAACAUUGCGCCUCCAGAAGGCUAAAUUUAAAUUAAUUAAAUAAUAUAUCCAAUAUCAUAAAUAACUAUCCACACUCGAAAGUUAAUAUAAAUUUUAAAAUAAUAUAAAAACUUACAUAACAUAUUAAACAUAAAAAAUUUAUUUAAAUUUAAUUAAACAUUAAUUGAUUGAAAGGUUGCUUGCAGAUCCCUUUUGCAUAUUGACGGGAAAAACGCACAGCUUGUUGUGUAUUUUGGUGGCGAAAAGUACGAACAGAGUGUUGUUGUUUUUAGGCACUACUUUUACACCUUUUGCGCUUUAAUUCAUGCUAAUAGUGCGCUGAAUUAGUAAACAACUUAAAAUAACAGUACAAUAUUCACAUGAUAUAACUUCAUUCUUUCAAAAUAAAAAAUAUUAUAUAAAAUAUUUUUAACAACUAAACAAUUAGUUUAAAACGAGCUUUUAAAGAGUCAAAGGGAAUAGCCUAACACCGUUUUAGUGCGCUCAAUUCAAAAAAAUAUGUAUUACUAGUUAUUUUCAACAGCAGAAAGCGGCGCAUCCUUAAUACGGUUAGAGCGUUUUUCUUCUUUUUCGUCACCACCUACGCACAAAGCGCAUAACAUGAAUGUUCAAUAAUUUGUUUGAGACAAAAUUACAAUGUGAAGCACAAAACACCCGAAAUACAAAUAAACUAUACAUACAUAAUUCAGUGUGAAAUGUUUUAAGCUUUAGGCUGCGUACAUAUAUACACACACAUAUAUAUUAUUGACACAUAUACACAUGCAUCAACAUUCGUAUAAUGUUUAAAAAAAUCAAUUUGUUUAUUUUUAAACGUAAUUUGGUUUGUUUACAAUCAAUGGUUGCAGGUAUUUGUUUGAGGAGCAGUUUUGAUUUGUUGAAAUAUAUUUAAUAGACAUUUGUUACAAUUACGAUUUUGUGUUGUUUGUGCUUCCACGAAUAA